AUGCAGCUGAUCGAACAAACGAAGGGAAGUUCCCUCCAACCAAUGGAAAAUGUGAACCUUAAGUCACUGUACGAAGCAAAACACUGCAGAACGAAACAAGCAGAAGAAUGGUCAUCUAAAGGCGAUCCAGAAGAUGGGCAAGUUGAAGCAAAUAGUGCAGCGUGUUCGGAAAUCGACUCAUCAGUAGGAAAAGGUGUGGAUAGCACACUUGAAGAAGAGAAAGAGCUUGAUAAAUCCUGGCGAAUGAGUAGUAGAGUAGUAAAAGACACACAUAUCGUAAGUAAAAAGAAUGCAAAGCAGGACAGCUUGAAACGGGAAUUACAGGAGAAGCAGCAGGAAAACGAUCAGCUGAUAAAAGAUUUCUUUAACCUGGAGUGUGAGAUUUGUUCCACACCGCUGGAAAACUUUGUAAAGCUGCUAGAUCACUACCGGCAGGUGCACAACACGCAAGGAUAUGUACGGUGCUGCGGUAAGCAGUUCUUUCGUCGCUACAUACUGGUCGACCAUAUUGCAGCUCAUCGGGGUUCUACGCGGUGUGAAAUUUGCCUGAAAACGUACAAAUCCAAACGCUAUCUAUUGCUACACAUUGCCAAAAGCCACAGCAGCGAGGCGGAUCGACCAUUCAAAUGUGCCAAGUGUCACCUUUCUUAUCCCAAGCAGUAUCUGCUGCGGGCACACGAACUGCUUCACGUACAGCAACAGUGCCACAUUUGCAACAAGGUGCUCUCAAACAAUCAGUCGCUUAAGGUGCACAUCGCUCAGAUGCAUAGCGACGAUGGCAACCACAUCUGUGACACGUGUGGCAAGGUAUUUCGCACCAAACCGGCCAUGGAACGGCACCUAAAUGAACACCGGGGGUUGGAUUUGGUGCAGCGGCUCCAGUGCGAGCACUGCAAGAAGUGGUUCAGCGGAAAGUACAAUCUGAACAAGCACAUACGCUUUCUACAUCUGCAGGAUGGGAAGGUGUUUCCGUGCGACGUUUGCCAGCACGUUAGUCCGAACAGUCGAGCAUUGGCGAACCACAAGCAGCGGAUACACGUGGGGGAACGGUUUGCGUGUGAGUACUGCGGGAAGCGGUUCAAGCGAAGGCCCAAUUUGCGCGAGCACGUUGCAACGCACACGAACGUUCCACUGUAUACGUGUGAAAUUUGCCAAAAUCGUACAUUCAAUUCGAAGGCGAACUACUUUACGCACCGGAAAAACAAACAUCCUCAGGAAUGGGAAGCGCGUAUACGCUUGCGAACGGAACAGUUGAUGAAUAAUACAGUAAACCAGUAG